GUGAACGCCAAGCACAGAGGUGCCCUGCGACCCAUGCGCCAGCGCGCGGUGGGGGCCCUCAAAGAACUGAAGCGACGAUGGAGGCCAGUUGGUACGCGGUUGCGUGCCCGGCAGCCACAGGCACUGCAGCGAGCCACCCAGCAGCGGGACCUCGGCUUGACGGCGCUGCUCAUCAUCCUGGCCAGUUGGGGAGACGUGACCUACGCGCACGGGCUGGUCAAGGGCCUUCCGGCGGUUGGGUUCGCACCGCCCUAUGGGGUUUUCCCUGUCCAGAGAGCUACGCCGAUCGGCCUCGAGGAGGUCCUGGGCGAUUGGCAGAAGCACAAUGCCGAGACAAUUCGAAGGCUAAAGCCGGGGCGCUUGGAUCAGGCGGACCUUGCGGUGGCCCGAGCCGAGGACUCCUGGCAAAUCGGAGGCGAAGUGUAUGCCGGCCUGCUGUUCGGACUCCCCUUGGCGGUGACCUCUUUCAACCGCUACUCUCGUCUGGUCGAGGCCCUUGGGCGCCGCCUCGUGCUGACCAUGGUUUCCCUCUACUUCGACGACGCCACAGUGGGAGACUGGGCUUCAUCGAAGGGUUCGGGUCAGUGGGCGUUUGGGCAGCUCAACGCGCUGUUGGGUACCCCUUUUGCCGAAUCCAAGAGGCAACCCAUGUCGCAUCGUGGGGAUUUCCUGGGCCUCGCGCACGACAUGUCCCGUGCUCUCUCUGACGGUGUGGUGCACUUUUGGCCGCGAGAUAGGAUCGUACAGAAGGUCAAGCCGCCAAGCUCUACGGCAUCCUGA